UUCAAUGACGCCAAUUGGAAAUAAUCAUAUGCUGAAAAUAAACCGUUGGGAGCACUUAAGCCAUGAUGGAAAGCCAUACAUGGAGAUACCCUCGUUAGAAAUAAAACAAAAAAAUCAAACACAUUGGAGUGUGGACGGAAUUAUAAGAAUACGUAGUACUGAUAUGGAUCGUUUCGAUUUCACGUCUUAUUCAAUGACUCCAAUUGGAAAUAAUCAUAUGCUGAAAUUAAACCGUUGGGAGCACUUAAGCCAUGAAGGAAAGCCAUACAUGGAGAUACCCUCGUUAGAAAUAAAACAAAAAAAUCAAACACAUUGGAGUGUGGACGGAAUUAUAAGAAUACGUAGUACUGAUAUGGAUCGUUACGAUUUCACGAUCCGAAUGCUAACUAUAAAUCAGGAUGUUCCAAUAGACGCGGCAGAUGAUACUGCAUAUUUAUGUGAUGAACUAGAUCAAUAUGAUGGAGAUGACAAAGACGACAAUCAUUACUAUUUACAAGAUAUGUUAAAAUUUUUAAAUGUAACCAACAUUCACUGUCCAAUUCCUGAGGGUGACUAUGCAUUGAAUAGUUUCGAACUUGAUACAAGAAACCUCCCAGUAUACGUCGAAGGCAAAAAAUGGAUGUUCAAAAUUCUUUUUAGAGAGAAAGGUGGUAUUAUUACCGGAGGUCUUCAUGUUUUUGCCGAAAUCGAAAAAGUUUAAAUAAGGUACGUACCUACUAAAACAGAAUAAAUCAAUCCUCUUCAAAAUUUUAAUAUUUUGUU